CGUAGCUCAGUAUUAUUUUUCCCGCCAAGGAACUUGACGAACUCGGUGAUAUCCAAUGUUACGUUUCUAUGUGCGCUCGAGUAUUCUCUCGCUUCCUAAGACUUUGGAUUACUUCGUCUGUGCUUAGCUGGAUUGCUGCCGAAGCUCGAAAUGCAUCAUGUGGAGGCUUUCUCACGCAGUUCCGGGGCCACUUUCAGUCACCAAAUUAUCCUCACCACUACGACGACUCUGCCGUCUGUCGCUGGUACAUCUUCGCUCCCAAAGAAUUUGCCAUCCUCAUCGAGAAACAUUCCAUCGACAUCGAGGACGACGCAUCUCGCUCAGACUGUCCUUACGAUUACCUCAGGUAUUCCUUUGGCAACUGGAAGAAAACCUUCUGCGGAAAGGGAACAGUCGAACCCAUUCUUCUAGACACGAAUUUCGUGACUGUUAUACUGAAGACCGACGCCAGCAUGUCUGGGUCUGGCUUCAACAUUUCGUACAGAUUUGUGUUGCCCCCAUGCUCGAGAACCUACGUCGCUAACGAAGGAGCGCUCGAGAUCCCAGAGGACAAAAGCAAAAAGACAUCGCUGCUGCGACGGAAGCGGUGGUGCUUCCACAGCGCCAGGGGCAAUACUUAUCAAUUUACGUUUGAUUAUUUUGAUCUCGUUGGAGAACCACCGAAAUGCAAGCAUAUGUACGUUAAGGUGCUAGAAAAGAAUGAAGGUCAGAUGCGUAGCCACAACAGACUGUGCGGUAAGGUUAUUCCUGAACCCGUCCACACUCGGAGCAGCUCUGUGUCGCUCCUCUUCCUCAGCGAUAGGACGCUCGAGAAAAACGGUAUGCACUUGAGCUGGAAGGUCUUUGGCUGCAACGAAGAACACACUGAACCUUUCGGGCAACUCAAGUUUCCCAAAGAAGGCGUCUUCACUGCGUACCCUGCCACGUGUAAAUGGACCAUGUACGGCAACAAAGACCAGACCAUUGAGCUGACACUCAAGAGGCUCAACAUGCAGCGCUGUGAUGUGGAGUACCUUCGGAUAUUUGAAGGAGAAGACGAAACACGAAUGCUGCUGGACGACUUGUGCACCGUGGACUCGCCGGUGGUAAUUACGUCCACGAGGAGGGUUCUUUCACUUCAAGUCCACAUGCAAGCGCUUCGGCGCGAUGCCAUUGAAGCUGCGUACCAGAUUAAAUCGACAUCUUGUGGCGGCCUCUACGAAGCCAGUGAAGGAUCUGUGGUGUCUCCACUAGAUCUCGCAGAAAUCGACAGCAGCAUUACAUGCAUUUGGAUUAUACGGGUGAAGACAAACUAUUUACCUCGUAUCGAAUUCAAGGAUUUCAGUUUCACUCAAUCUGAAAACUGCACAAAAGGCUAUAUUGAGGCAUAUUUCAUCAGUCAAGGCAACCAUAUGCAACUCAUGCCCAAACGCUGCGCAGUGGAACCUCCUCCACCAGUGGUGGGCAUUGAUAACGAAGUACGUGUCAAGAUGGUUUUUCCCGUCAAAGACCGCAACACACAUUUUAGGCUUCGCUUUCGAUCAGUUUGUGAGAUCUUGAUUAUAGCCAAUCGUACUGGAGGCGUCGGUAAAUCCUACACCUACCCCAGCUUUUAUAGGUAUGAGUCCGAAUGCAGGUGGAAUAUUUACGCACCAAAAGGCGAGAGACUGGCUCUUUUUGUAACGGACCUCAAGUUCACGAAGAGCAAAUAUUGCGCCACAAGCAGCCUCACGGUCCACGACGGCACACAGCCGACUUCGGCGGCUAUCGCUGUCAUUACCAAGGAAGAAACCAGAGCAUUUCUUUCCACUGAGGAUGCCCUUUCGCUGAAGAUAUGUGGGGGUGUCAUCAAGUUUGUCUACAUGUCUGUACCUAGCGAGUCUUGUACAGCAAGCCGAAACAACAUAAACGAACCACAGAGUCCGUUCGCCAACUUGAGUCCGAAAACGCAAAGUGAUGCUCCAGCCGCAUGGGAGGAAGUUGAGCCACUGCAUACGUAAAAUUAGCGCACCUCUCUUCAAUAAAUGUCACACUAU